AUGCUCCGGAACUAUUACAGGUGGUUGUAUGCCAUCACGCAUCAGUUUAAAGAGAAGAACGAGGAAGAAAAGUCUCAGGAGAUGCUUCAAAAGGCCGCACUCCACAGACUCAGCAUGGGGCUGCCACUCAGAGCUCCAGACAAGGACAUGACCUCUGCCAGGACAGGGGCUCUGGGCCUGAAGAAUCAGGGCAGUGUGGCAGCCAGAGGAGAGGGGGAGGAGAAGAGGAAGGAUCAGAGCAAGGCAGAGCCUGUGGCAAAGACUCCUGUUCCAGAAAGUAGAGGCAAGAUAUUGGCAACUACAGGAGUGUUGACAAAGCAGAGGAAGAGGCCAAGGGCCACAGCAGCUGUUCCAGCCAAGGAGAAGGCCGCCCAGGUCAACCCAUCCCCGGCCUCUUUCCCACGCCCCACCAGCAAAAGAAGUCAAAGGCUGAAGGCCUCCAACUUCAAGUCUGAGCCCCGGUGGGAUUUUGAGGAAGAAUACAAUUUGGAUGUGGGGGGCCUGCAGACGACCUGCCCCGACUCUGUGAAGAUCAGAGCCUCCAAGUCACCGUGGCUAAAGAAUAUCUUUCUGCCCAAUCUCACUCUCUUCCUGGAUGGUGCCCACUUCACCCAGAGCGAGUGGGACCGUCUAGAGCACUUUGCACCGCCCUUUGGCUUCAUGGAGCUCAAUCAGUCCUUGGUCCAGAAGGUCGUGACCCGCUUCCCUCCGGUAUCCCAGCAGCAGCUGCUCCUGGCCAGCCUCCCCUCGAGGAGUUCCAGGUGUAUCACCUGUGCCGUGGUGGGCAACGGGGGCAUCCUGAAUGAUUCGCACGUGGGCCAGGAGAUAGACAGCCAUGACUAUGUUUUCCGACUGAGUGGAGCCGUUAUUAAAGGCUAUGAACAGGAUGUGGGGACCCGGACGUCCUUCUACGGCUUCACUGCCUUCUCCCUGGUCCAGUCAAUCCUCACACUGGGCAGUCGGGGUUUCCAGCAUGUGCCUCUGGGAAAGGAUGUCCGGUACCUACACUUCCUGGAGGGCACUCGGGACUACGAGUGGCUAGAAGCCAUGUUUUUGAACCAGACCAUGGCAAAAACCAAACUUCACUGGUUCAGGCACAGGCCCCAGGAAGCUUUCCGGGACGCCCUGGACAUGGACAGAUACCUAUUGCUGCACCCAGACUUUAUCCGUUACAUGAAGAACAGGUUUUUGAGGUCCAAGACCCUAAACACUGCCCACUGGAGAAUAUACCGCCCCACCACUGGUGCCCUCUUGCUGCUGACGGCCCUUCAUCUCUGUGACCAGGUGAGUGCCUAUGGCUUCAUCACCCAGGGCCAUGAGCGCUUCUCCGACCACUACUAUGACAAGUCGUGGAAACGGCUGAUCUUUUACACAAACCAUGACUUCAACUUAGAGAAAGCAGUAUGGAAGAGACUGCAUGAUGAAGGCAUCAUCCGGCUGUACCAGCGUCCCGAGCACCCGAAAGAGAAGAACUGA